CCUUCCCGGCGCUUGACGCUCCGGAGCGCUAGUUGUCUGAGAAGAAGGGUUUUUGAGGGGAUUGUAGAGGAAAAACACUCUAAUGGGUGAGCGGAAAAGAAUGUGACAAGCGCAGUGAGUGUGUGCGUGUCCAGUGCCGCUCGCGCUGCUGCACCUGUCCCUCUCCGUCUCCCGCGCCCAAACUCGGCAGGCAGGCAGGCUCGCUCGGAAGGCGGGCGUUAUCCAGUCAGCGGCGCACAACACGGUCAGCCUGAACAUGACUUCGUCGUACAAUUUGGAUUUUCUACCCGAGAUGAUGGUGGAGGGGCGAUUGUUGAGCGCCGGAGAAAGGAUUAACGGUACAGCUGGGAAGAUGAACGGCGCCCUGGAACACUCGGACCAGCCUGAUCCGGACGCCAUUAAGAUGUUCGUGGGUCAGAUCCCUCGCUCCUGGUCCGAGAAAGAGUUAAAGGAGCUUUUUGAGCCGUACGGAGCCGUCUACCAGAUCAACAUACUGCGAGAUCGCAGUCAGAACCCACCACAGAGCAAAGGGUGCUGUUUUGUCACAUUCUACACACGGAAAGCUGCCCUGGAGGCCCAGAAUGCACUGCACAACAUAAAGACCUUAACUGGGAUGCACCAUCCCAUACAGAUGAAGCCCGCAGACAGUGAGAAAUCAAAUGCGGUGGAGGACAGAAAGCUGUUUAUUGGCAUGGUGUCGAAGAAAUGCAACGAGAACGACAUCCGGGUCAUGUUCUCUCCUUUCGGACAGAUCGAGGAGUGUCGCAUCUUGAGGGGACCAGACGGACUCAGCCGAGGAUGUGCGUUUGUCACGUUUUCUACCAGGGCUAUGGCACAGAAUGCAAUCAAAGCCAUGCAUCAGUCUCAAACCAUGGAGGGCUGCUCCUCCCCCAUGGUGGUCAAGUUUGCCGACACGCAGAAGGAUAAGGAACAGCGGCGGCUGCAGCAGCAGUUGGCGCAGCAGAUGCAGCAGUUGAACAGCGCGUCUGCCUGGGGCAGCCUGACCGGCCUGACUGGCCUCACCCCGCAGUAUCUGGCAGUAAGAGGACACACCCACGCAGCCACGCCCACCAGCAGCACAGCCAGCGCAGCCGCCGCAUUGCUCCAACAAGCAACCUCCUCCAGUAACCUAGGAGCGUUCAGUGGUAUUCAACAAAUGGCAGGUAUGAAUGCUCUGCAGUUGCAGAAUCUGGCCACUCUAGCAGCAGCAGCGGCUGCAGCACAGAGCUCGGCCAGCCCGUCCACCGCUAGCGCCCUGACCUCCAGCACAGGGUCCCUGGGAGCCCUGGCCAGCCCAGCAGGUUCCACGGCUAACUCCAGCGCGGGUGCGAUGGGUUCCCUGGGUUCUCUGGGGACACUGCAGGGUCUGGCCGGGGCCACCGUGGGCCUCAAUAACAUAAAUGCACUAGCAGGUAGCGUCAACAUUGCUCACAUGCUCUCAGGUAUGGCAGCUCUGAACGGCGGGCUGGGCAGCACGGGCCUGAGUAACGGGUCGGCCGGGCCCAUGGACGCUCUCACACAGGCCUACUCAGGGAUCCAACAGUACGCGGCUGCCGCCCUGCCCACCCUCUACAGCCAGUCCCUACUGCAGCAACAGAGCGCUGCGGGCAGCCAGAAAGAGGGACCUGAAGGAGCCAACCUGUUCAUCUACCACCUGCCACAGGAGUUUGGGGACCAGGACAUCCUACAGAUGUUCAUGCCUUUCGGAAACGUGGUGUCUGCCAAAGUCUUUAUCGACAAACAGACCAAUCUGAGCAAAUGCUUCGGUUUCGUCAGUUAUGACAAUCCUGUGUCAGCGCAGGCCGCCAUUCAGGCGAUGAACGGGUUUCAGAUCGGCAUGAAGCGUCUCAAAGUCCAGCUCAAGCGCUCGAAGAACGACAGCAAACCGUACUGAUCUUAGCACUAGGGCCUCUCUCAUGUUACACUGCUAGGGUAAGUCCCCACUGCUGCCACGGUUACCAAACUGGGACUCUGGGGGGAGGGGGUGCACGAGGGGGAGUUUCACCCUUUGACCACCAGAGGGAGCCACUCUCCCAUAACAUUCUUUUCAGCUUUUUUUUUUAAAUUAAUAACAGUAUUAUUUUGUCUUUUUUUUUCACAUGAACGCUUCCAUUUCCGCCAUUUUUUGUAUGACUUGCGAUGGAUGAACAGCUUUUAUUUGUCAACUAUUUUUUUUUCGUUUAAGUCAUGUGUAAACUAUUUGAGUUUUUUUUUUUUUCUUUUUAAAGUAAAUAUUUAUACAAUGGCUAUUUCAUUCUAUGAUGAUAACAACAGCAGAAAGAAACGAUGUAUAAAGUAUUAUUUGUUUCUCUUUGUGAACCUGAGGCUUGUAAGGACAAGUAGAGAAGGUUCCGAUAUGAUUAAAGCACCAAUAUGCACAUUAACCUUUGCCCUUUGGCCUCUGGUGUCGGUUCAGGGCUUUGCUGCUCCUUCGAACCCUUGGCCCACUGGCACUAGAGAGGAAAGGGUUAAACCCGCUGUGGCCUCUCUGUAGUCAACGGCAACAACUGCCUAAACAGCUUCCUCAACAAAUACUUGCCGUCAAAUGUUCAGUGAAUUUCUUUUUUUUUUUUUUUAGUUUUUUUUUUUCCGUCAUUUUCUGUCAGUAAGGGUUUUUCGUUAUUGUUGUUAUUUUCGUUUAUGUUUGUUUUUUUGUUUUUUUUGAAGAAAAAAAAUGAGUCCGAAUUUUAUGCGUCAGAUGAUUGUGGUCUUUGUCCAACAGAAUUUGUGUAGAGCAUUAAAAAAAAGAUUUUGAUCUGUCGAUGGUUAAAAAGAAUAAAGCAUUCUAGGUUCUAUGUGGAAGGGCGGGGAACUGAAAACUUGAUGUUUAUCGAAAGAAAAAAAACUUAAAUUACAGAAAGCCACAGGCCUGUAAAUUUUAUUUGUAAAAAAAUGCAGUUCUAUUUUUAUACAAAAUUUCUACUGCCUCUGAAGUAAAGGACUUUAUUUAUUAUCGUUUAAGUUAUUGGGUUUGGAAAGUCGUGCUCUCUCUAUCCUGAGCCUCGUCCGGUAGUCUUCUUAAACCACACGCUGUGUGACGAGAACACAGAAUCACGUACAAAACCCCUCUUUUUCUUUCUUUCUUUCUUUCUUUCUCUCUCUCACCUUCCCUCUCGCCAUUUCCCACAAUCCCAUCCGUCACGUCCCCAUCAUAUCUGUCUCGACUCUCUCUUCCUCUUCUCUCUUUCGUCAUAAGUAGUGGCACUUCAUAAGUAAAAUCUCUCUUUUUCGUUUCAUUUCGUUUGGUUUUUGUUCGUACUCUCCAAAAAAAAAAAAAAGAAUAGUUUCUCCCAAACGGCGAUCCAUCAGCGGUCUCGGAUCGGGAGAUCGGACCAGGAUGGAUACUUUUGGGUGUAUGUCUCUAUGGAGGAGAUCGAGUGUGUGUUCGUAUUCUCUGUGUGAGCGAGUGCCUCAUUCACGUGUACAUGUUGCCAAUUUAUUCAAAAUUUGUGUACUGUACGAAAAAAAAAAUGCUAAUGUGAUGUUGGUGAAACGCUGGUUAAUAGCACUGCUGCUGUUGUUUGUUUGUUCGUUUGUUUUGUUUGUUCGUUUGUUGUUCUCAUGGUUUAAUGAUGUUAGUUGUGUGCCGGAGCUGUGUGUGUAACUCUCCUCUCCCGUUUUCUUCCCUAGAACUCAUCUCCAUGACUCUAUGCUCAUCGUUUGCCUAGCAUGUCUACGUGGCGUACAAAAAAAAAAGUCUCAUCGUCCCGUCAUUGUUUCUGAUGUCUUUCUGAGUUCUCCUGCUCAUAAUCUGGUCUCCUUUACUGAUCUUUGUACUUUAGCCUGAUCUUUUUGGAAAGUUUUCGCAUGUGACCUCAUUUUGACCUUUUUUUUUUUUUUUUUUUUUUUUUUGGUUUGUUUUGUUUUGUUUUUUGUUUGUUUAGAUUAACUGGUGAGGGAGGGAGCGAGGGAGGGAAGGAAGGGAGGAAAGACAAAAAAAAAAACAAAAAAACACAAUAAUAAUAAUGUGAAAACGCUGCAUUCACACUCUAGAGACAGAGUAUAUUUACUAACAUAACCAGAGCAUCAUUUUAAGAAAACAGACAAAAAAGAAAAAAAAAAAAAAAAAAAAAUCCUGUGGCAAAACAAUUACGAAUAUUUGCGUUUGACUUUUGUUUGUUCUUUUUUAUUUGUCCGAUUGUUUCUCUCUCUCUCUCUUUACGUUGUUUUUUUUUUUUGUUUUUCAUUCAUUUAAAGUAAACUUGAACGUUCAAUACAGGGAUUGGCGUUGGGACUUACUGUCGGCGAUACUCUUAAUUUGAGGCCUGCCGUAAGAAACCCACGCUGGUUUCUAAACGAAUAGACUACUUCCACGCAGUUUUAAUAAAAAAUAAAAAAAAGCUGUCUGAUCGAUAUUAGAAUCUCUCAGAGCUUGCUCGUGGUUUUUACAUUUUUCAGGCAGUGUAAAGUUUUUUGAUAAGGCCAUUUUAAGUGGCUUGAUUUCUCAUUAAAGUCUAUAUAAAACCACUUUUUUCUAGAGUAGUAAAGGUAUUAAAAAACACACACAUACACACACACACACACACACACACACACAAGAUUGCCCUGUUUGGGGGGGAAAUGCUACCUACGUGUCACACCUUUUGCUGAACUGACUUACAGUUAGACAAUCCGUGGUUUAAAUGCACAUGAAAUGACCUAUAUUUUAUACUGUUUAAAUGUAUAGAGGAAAAAAAAACAGAGUUUGUGUAACCCGCGGUCCCGUCGGUGCUUUUCGUGGAUAAAGUCGUGGUUUCAUCAAGUCUAACAGUCUUAUUUGUCUCAUGUUUUUAAAGAGAAGACUAAAAAUCAAUUUACUUGAACAAUAGACAAAGCCUUUCAUAAGUACUAUUACUACUACUUUUGUUUUGUUUGUUUGUUUUUUUCCUUGUUUUUUGUUCUUUUUUUGUUUUUUUCUUUCUUUUUUUUUAAUAGGAGUCCCUCUUUGCUAAAUUUCUUGUUGGGUAAUUAGCUAUAUAAAAUUCUUAAAAGUUACAGUGUCGGCUUGUGAAGCAUCUAUGUCAUUAUAUUAUUUUAUUUCUAUUGUGGGAAACAAUAUUUAGAUGUGUUAUGUUGUUCAGCAAAAUGUGAUUUUUUUUUUUCUUAUAAAGAAAAAACAAGAUGAGUGGAAUUUAGUGCCAAAUUCUGACGGUACAUCCUGCCUACAGCUUCAGUGUUUUACUUGUGAAAUUAUUUGAUAACAUGGGUAUUUUAUUACGUAAGUGUUUUGUAUGGAACCCUCAUAUUUAAAGAUAUAGAUUUAAAAAAGGUUGUUAACUUGCUCUUCUGUGGUCUUGUUGCCUGAAACUGUUCAUGUUUUUGCUUUCUUUUUCUUUAUUUGUAAAGAUGUAAAAAGUGCCCAUGUGUCAUUAUCGCUCUCACAAGCACACACACACACACACACACGCAUACAUUCACAGGUAAGCACAUACACACACACAUGCACGCAUACACACACCUGUGCUAAAGGUUGACCUCACAACCCUCUUUUCUUUGACGGUGUGUGUAUGUGAGCCCCUGAGCUUGAGUCUCAGCAGUUCUCCUUAUACACACACACACUCACACAUUUGCACCACAGAAGGCCCAAAUUUGAAAGGUUCAUCUGAUACAUCAUGUUUGUCAGUUUGAUGGGACAAAAUAUUGACGUAUUUAUGUGAAUUGUGAAUCAGGCGUUGAACUUUUGACCAUCAUUCUAUAAUACAGGGCCAGCCACACGAUCUGUUUCUCUACUGUUUAGUCUCGCUUUCUGCUGCCUUUAUCAGGACUAUUUUACGUUCGUAGGACAACCAAAACUCUGUCCUGAUGCCAAAGUAGUUCAGCGUGAUCCGCAGUGUUCGCUAGCGCCUGUAGCACUUUGCUGUAAACGUUUACACAUCGUUCGAACGGCCCGUAAAAAUCUUGUUUACAAACGUAGUUUACAGGCAGCCCCCUCAAAACCAGUUUACUUCACUCUAUAGCACUAUUUUAUACCCAAGCUCUGCCGUUGCCUUAACACGUCAAUCAGUAUUAAUGGGCUGGAAUACAUUGCUGCACAUUUAAAAUGUGUGCCAAGGUUGUGUGUGUGUUUCGUGUGACUGCGUACAGAUGUGUUGUCUGUUCGUCUACGUUAUAUAUCUUUAAUCUUUAGCCAAAACUGGAUCUGCCAAACUUUGUGCCAGUUGAAAAACAACGGGACUCAUUCAUGAAACAAGAACAAAUUUGCGUAAAUCGUGUGUAACCAUUCUUGUUUAAUUUUUCGUACGAGCAGAACAAAUUUCUGUAAAUUUGUGUAAACUGUUUGUAAAUGUUUUCUUAAAUUGUGCGUAAGCGAACAAAUUUCCAUAUCAUACGUAAACCACUUGUCCAUAAAUUGUCAUAUAAAUCAUUCUCGCUUGAACUACAUGUAACUGUUUUAAGUAAAUUUGUGCACGAGACUUGAAUUGCGAGAAUAGAAUUGUAACUUAACACCAUUCUUACGUAAACUGUCGCACACGCAGAAAGAAUUUGCGUGCGUUGUCCGUAAAAAAACAUGUAAAUCAAAUGUCAUUUCUUAAAGACUUGAAUUGCGUGAAUUGUAACUUAACACCAUUCUUACGUAAACUGUAACAUACGCAAAAUUUGAUGUUGUUCGUAAAAAAACAUGUAAAUUAAACGUCCUUUCUUAAAGACUUGAAUUGCGUGAAUUGUAAUCUAAGACCAUUCUUACGUAAACUGUUGCACACACGUCGAAAGGGUGUGUACAUUGUUCGCAAAAACACAUGUAAAUCAAAUGUCUUUUGUUAGACUUGGUAAAUUGCAUGAAUUGUAACCUACAGCCAUUCUUACGUAAACUGUCGCACACACGCAGAACGAAUUUGUGUACGUUGUCCGCAAAAAACAUAAAUCAAAUGUCUUUGCUUGAAGAUUUGAAUUGCGUGAAUUGUAACGUAAGACCAUUUUUACAUAAACUGUCACAUACGCCAAAAUAUUUUUUUUAGAUGUUUGCAAAAAAUCAUGCAAAUCAAAUAUCUUUACUUAAAAACAUGAAUUGCGUGAAUUGUAACCUAAGACCAUUCUUACGUAAACUGACGCAAACACAGCAAAAGAAUUUGUGUAUGUUGUUCACAAAAAAACAUAACUAAAAUGUCUUUUCUAAAACUUAAUUUGUGAGAAUUGUAACUUAAGACCAUUCGUACGUAAACUGUCACGCACACACCAAAAGCAUUUGCGUGUUUUGUUCGAAAAAAAACGUAUAUAAAAUGUAAUUUCUUAAAGACUUGAAUUGCGUGAAUUGUAACUUAAGACCAUUUUUACGUAAACUGUCACGCACACACCGAAAAAAUUUGUGUACGUUAUUCGCAAAAAAGUCAAUAAAUUUAUUUUCUUAAAAACUUAGCGUGAAUUGAACCUACGACCAUUCUCACAUAAAUUGUCGCACACGCAGAAAGAAUUUGUGUACGUUGUUCGCAAAAAAAACAUGCACAUCUAAUAUCUUUUCUUGAAAACAAACUGAACUGUUACCUGCGCACGAUAAAAUACGAAUGGUUUAUACAAAAAUACGUUCUACUUCUCUUUCAUGAAAGAGGCCCAAAAAUGGAAAUGUUUUUCUAUAAUUUACCCCUUAAUAAGCAAGUUUCGUAUUGGGAUGUCGAGUCGGUCAGUUUAUGAUAUACUGUUCUCUUUGCCAAAUCGUAUAACCACUAGCACAAACACAAAAGCACAUGCGCACUAGCACAGCGUUAAAACGCGCAGUAUUAAAAUUGACGACUCUGCUUAACCCGCCCAGAAAGUUGUUGAAAAUUUGUUUUAUGUGGCACAUAAGGAAUUAUAUUCAUGCUAAAUUUUUCACGAAUGCAUCUUUGUUUGACCUCAUUUGAUUCGUUGGACACUCUGUAACGAACCGUAGUUCGGCGUAAGUGUUUUUACCUCAGCACAGUGCCGUAUGGGGGCUUCUGAAAUAUCGGUAGUUAGCGUUCUAUUUCAUUUAGCGCACUUCAUCACAAUCAACUUCAGACAAACAGGGUAAGCUUUCACGGCCAGCGCAAUUUCACACACACCUUUGUUAGAUGUUUAGUAAAGCACAAACUCACAGGAGUUCUCGCUGAGACUCUUCACUCAGGGGUUUUUGCACCACACGCAUCUGAAAUGUUUGUUGUUUCUUUUGUUUCUUUCUUUCUCUUAAGUGCUAUUUAACAAGUGUAUUUUAAAGAAAAAAAGAUGUGUAGUUUCUUUGCAUUUUGGCUUAUGUCAAGUUUUUUGGAAAUGUAUGUGUUUAUCUAACGUGCCGUAACAAAAGCUUGUCGUCUGUAGAUUAAUAUCAUUUCGUUUGAUUCUAAAAAGAUUUAAAUAGUUUUAAGUAUUGUCUUGAGAAAAGCCAAAGUCAAUGCAUUUCAGUGGAUUAUGUAAGCGUGAUACAUGUUUGUUUGACAACACUUUGAAAAUCUGUCAUUGGAUGGGAAUUUAAAAAGUACAAAAAAAAGCAGGCUUUCCUAUUUCUAUCACUGAUUGUACUUAUGCCUUUUGUACCAGUGGAACUUUUUAUACUGGCAAUUAAAGGAAAAAAAAAAAAAAAAAA